UCCUCUUGCCCUCACCAGCGCUCUGCUAUGGGGCUAGGAGCGGGCGCAGAGGCUUACCUCCGCUGCGGCCGGGCUGCGAGCCAUGCACUCGGGGAACAGCACGGGCACGUCCAGCCGCCCGGAGCCCGCGGCAGCGGAGCAGGAGGUGCCGGGCGAGCGGCCUCUCUUCAGCGCUAGUACUUACGAACUGCUGGCGCUGCUCGUCGCCACCAUAGGCGUGCUGGGUUUGUGCAACAACUUGCUGGUGCUGGUGCUCUACUACAAGUUCAAGCGGCUUCGCACGCCGACCAACCUCUUCCUCGUCAACAUCAGCCUCAGCGACCUGCUGGUGUCCGUCUUCGGCGUAAGCCUUACCUUCAUGUCCUGCUUGAGGAGCCGCUGGGUGUGGGACGCUGCCGGCUGCGUCUGGGACGGCUUCAGCAACAGCCUCUUCGGAAUUGUUUCAAUUAUGACUCUCACUGUUCUUGCCUAUGAACGCUACAUUCGAGUAGUUCAUGCUAAAGUGAUUGACUUCUCGUGGUCUUGGAGGGCUAUCACAUACAUCUGGCUCUACUCAUUAGCCUGGACUGGAGCACCCCUUUUGGGCUGGAACAGAUACACACUGGAAAUUCAUGGAUUAGGUUGCUCAGUCGACUGGAAGUCAAAAGACCCCAGUGAUACCUCCUUUGUGAUCCUUUUUUUCCUUGGGUGUCUAGUAGCACCUGUGGGGAUCAUGGCCUAUUGCUAUGGCCAUAUUGUUUAUGCAGUAAGAAUGCUUCGCUGUGUGGAAGAUUUCCAGACUGUUCAAGUGGUCAAACUUCUAAAAUAUGAAAAGAAAGUGGCUAAAAUGUGUUUCUUAAUGAUCUCCACGUUUCUUAUUUGUUGGAUGCCCUAUGCAGUGGUUUCCCUCCUGGUAACAUAUGGCUAUAGCAACCUUGUAACUCCAACAGUAGCCAUCAUCCCAUCUUUCUUUGCAAAGUCAAGCACUGCUUAUAAUCCAGUCAUCUAUAUCUUCAUGAGUAGAAAGUUCCGACGGUGCCUCUUGCAGCUCCUGUGCUUCCGCCUGAUGAGAUUCCAGAGGACCACGAAAGAGACGCCAGUGACAGGGAAUGAUAAGCCAAUACGGCCAAUAGUUAUGUCUCAGAAAGCAGGAGACAGGCCAAAGAAGAAAGUGACUUUCAGCUCUUCCUCUAUAAUUUUUAUAAUCACCAGUGAUGAAACUCGGCAAAUAGAUGACAACAGCAAACAUGAUGAGACAAAAGUAAAUGUCAUUCAAGUAAAGCCACUAUAGGGAUGAGUUAAAGAGAUGUGAGAAUGAGGUGGACUUCAGCCAGUAGACUCUUUGGGUUGCAAACCAGUUUUAGUGGCAAUGCCUGUGGACUGCCAAGGGAAACCACAUUCUUAAGCUGUGAAAUGCUGAAGGGAUGCUGCAUCUAAGGCUCUGCAGGCAGUUCACUUUUGAUCACAGUACUGAAAUCUCUUCAUCUGUGCCAAAAUUGCUGAUGGAUGUCUUUACUAUUCAUUUUCUUAAAGCAUAUUGUGGGACUUCUAUUCAGGAGAUCUUGGUCAGGCUGGAAGAAUGCACAGACAGAAAUGUUACAAAGUUCAGCAUGGGCAAGUGCGAAGUCCUGCACCUGGGAAGGAAGAACGAUUCUUUAGCACAGCAGGCCAGGCCCUGGCUGCCUGGGAUGCAGCUCUGUGGAAAAGGAUGUGGAGUCCUGUUAGACGAGGACAUGAGCCUGCAGUGUGCCCUGGUAGCAAGGAAUGGUAGCAGCACCUCAGGCUGUACUGGCAGUAUUGGAGUCAGCAGUCUGAAGUAAUUAUGUCCUUGAUUCAGUCUUCAGUAGACCAUAUCUAUAUUACUGCAUUGACUUUUGGGACCCUAAAGCAAGACAGAUGUCUGUAAACUGGGGUUGAGUUCAGUGGAGUCGCCCAAAAUUGUCAGGGGUUGUAGUACCUUGCCUUGCAAGGAGAGGCUGGGGGUACUGCACUUGACCAGCUUGUAGAGGGAGCAUCCUCACAGGAACCUAAUAUCAGCCUUCCAGUAGAGAUGGGGAGGUUUUCAACAACAUGGAGCAAGGCUCUUCAGAGCAAUUCGUAGUGGAAGUUAUCACAGACAGCAAACAUGAACUGAAAUAAAAGAUUUGGGUGGGUAAUAAGGUAAAGGUUUCUCACCCAAGGGUAGCCAAACAAUGGAACAAGUCAGACUAGAGGCUUCUCAAGUUUCCUUUAGUAUAGAGUUAUAAGGGAAGAAGGAGGAAGAACGUUUGAGGUUUCCUACAGUUCAGUUGGUCUGAAUUGGUGCUUUGCAGUGUAGGGGGUGAGAAAAGUGAUGUCAUCAAUGACUGGGGCUACAGUUAAACCAAAAGACCUGAGAAAGCUGUCCUCAGCAAGCCAUUCUCUUGGUGCUGUCUGGUAGGACCCAUGAGAUACAUAAUGAAAAAAAUCAUGCCAAUCAAAGCACCAAUGAAUAAAGGUCAGUGAAAAGGGAGACUUGGUUUGGGUUUU